AUGCCUGCCCCAGCCUAUCUGAUCUCCAAGGUCGCCGACCCAGUCUUCGCUGUAUUCAUCGGUCUCUCUGCAGCUGCGACUCGUAUUAACCGCGAAGAAAAAGAACUCGGGCAUUCUACGCAGCAGACAAUAGAUGCAGGAUUGAGGAGAAUUGGACUACGAGGUCAAGAAGCGGCAGUAACCAAGCGCGAACAGGCUGACUCGUGA